AUGGCUGUGUGUGCCUCGUAUUGGCAUAUCAGUACUUCCCAGAACGCGGCCGCGGGCUCCAGGGUCCGCGUUGAUUGUCGUGAGAGGCUGAAGAAUCAGGCGGGGCGCCCCGAUCAGGGCCGCGCGCCCUACGAUUCGCGCCGCCAAUGGCAUGGAGCGACGGGCGGCGACGACUGCCAUGGACAGGCCCGACCGACGAUUUACAACAACCAGGCUCCAAAAUUUACCGCCGCGGCUUCUGCACCAGAGAAAGCCGAGAGCGAAUCCAAGCGCUCCAGCACUGCGCCCAAGCCGCCGCGCACGUCGCCUUUCGUUUUUCUGUGCCGGCUUCGCGCCUGCGCCAAUGACUUGCCUGGUGCCGCGCCCGGUGGCCGCGCGUCCGGCCGACCGCGAUCAAGCCCCGCCCCCGCCGCGAUGGGCCAGGGCCAAACAAUGCGGCAGCGAGCGGCCGCGCUUGUUGUUGUCGCGGGCGUGUGUUGUGCCCC